UCAGACAAUUAAUAUUUAAAGUAAUAUUAUUUUUAUUAUUUCUUAAUUUUUAUAUUUUAUCAAAAUUAUCCACAGCGAAGCGCGGAUUCUUCACUUGUUUUCCAUAACCGCUCAACCUUGAGAUCCUCCUCCUCCUCCUCCUAACGCUUCCAACCCGGCCCACGAAACAAUGGCGUUAAGCAACAGCAGCAGCAGCAGCGAUAGGAAUAGGAAGCUCCGGGUGUUCUUCAUGCCGUUCUUCGCGUCGGGGCACAUGAUCCCCAUGACGGACGUGGCGCGCCUCGUGGCGUUGCGCUUCCCCGGGGAGGUGGAGCCGACCAUGGUGGUCACCCCGGCCAACGCCGCGCUCAUCGCUCCCUCCCUCCGCGGCUCCCCCGGCGUCCUCGUCCUCACCUACCCCUUCCCCUCCGUGGGCCUCCCUCCGGGCGUCGAGAACCUCUCCUCCGCCCCCGCCGCCGAGACCUGGCGCAUCUACCGCGCCGUCGACGAGUCCCGCGCCGUCCACGCCGACCUCCUCCGCCGCCACCGCCCCGACGCCGUCGUCUCCGACGUCGCCUUCUGGUGGACCACCGCCCUCGCCGCCGAACUCGGCGUCCCCCGCCUCACCUUCUACCCCGUCGGCGUCUUCUCCCAGCUCGCCCUGACCAACCUCUUCAAGAUCCGCGCCCGCAUCAUGGCCUCCGACGCGCAGCCGGUCGAGGUUCCGGACUUGCCGGGCCCGCACCGCAUCCGCAUCCCCAAGUCGGAGCUGCCCGACUUCCUGGUCAGCGACGACCACCUCACGGCCGCGUGGCCGCGCAUCAGGGAGGCGCAGGAGCGGGGCUACGGCUGCGUGGUCAACACCUUCUACGAGCUGGAGCCCGACUACUGCGACCGCUAUCGCAGGACGGAGGCCAAGCGCGCCUACUUCGUGGGCCCCGUCGCCCUCUCUCUCUACGGCGGGAGCGAGAGCGCCGAGGAGCGCGGCGGCGGGGGGCCGGGUGCGCGCGAGGUGGUGGCGUGGCUGGACGCGCGGGAGGCGGGGUCGGUGGUGUUCGUGUGCUUCGGGAGCUGGUGCCACUUCAGUGCGGCGCAGCUCGGGGAGCUGGCGAGGGGGCUGGAGCUGUCCGGGAAGGCGUUCCUGUGGGCGGUGAGGGAGGGCGGCGGCGCGGCGGAGGAGUGGACGGCGGAGGAGUUCGAGCAGUUCAUCAACGAGACGCUGGUGGCGGAGGUGGUUGGGUUCGGCGAGAAGGUGUGGGGGGAGGGGAGGCGGAGCGCGAGGGAGGUGGAGGGGGAGGUGGUGCCCGCGGAGGCCAUCGCGACGGCGGUGACCCGAUUCAUGGAGGGAGAAGAGGGGGCGGAGAGGGCGCGGAGGAGGGCGUCGGAGGUGGCGGAGAAGGCCAGGGCUGCCGUGGCCGAGGGAGGCUCGUCGUGGCGGGAUCUGAGCCGUCUGAUCGAGGAUCUGUUGCGUGAGUGGCGGGGGGUAGAGCAGGAGGGAGCGGGGAACGCGUGAGCGCGCGUCGCGGUAACGGCAGACUGGCGGUUGCGGGCGUUGCGUCAGGGACGUUACGCUCACACCUUUGCCUGGCUGCCUUGUCUCUGCUGACGUGGGCGAUGCGUCAGGGACGUUACGCUCAUACCUCUGCCUUUAGCUCUGCUGACGUCAUCUACUUUCGUAAUAAUAUAUGGGAAUAAACUAUGGCAGCUUCUAAAUAAAUAAAUAAACAAAAUAGUCUUAGGUUAACAAAAUAGUAAUGCUAUAGAUUUUCUCAAAAUAUUGUCCUUCAGAUCAAACGUAUGAUGAUGGUACCAACAGCAGCACAAGGAGGAAUUCUACACUGUCACACUUACAUCACAUCAUCAAUA